GGAAGACGCUAACGUGGUUAGUUUGCGCUCAAACUAUUCUGACUUAUUCUUUGGAUAAAGACCAUAAUCAACUUUGUUUGUGUAGUGCUAUAUCCUUCCAAACCUCAAAGAUGUCCUGGUAUUACACGCCCGUCCCAACGGUUGUUCCGGCGGAGGAAUUCGACGCUUCCGCGGACGCCAAUGCGUUACGGGCGGCGAUGAAAGGCUUUGGAACGGAUGAGCAGGCCAUCAUUGACAUUCUUUGCGCUCGCAGCAACGCCCAACGUCAGCAAAUUAUGGAACAAUAUACAAGCGAACUUGGUCGGGAUUUAAUCGAGGACUUGAAAUCCGAGCUCGGCGGUAAGUUUGAAGACGUUAUCGUCGGUUUGAUGAUGCCGCCGGAGAAGUAUCUGUGCAAGCAGAUGCACAAGGCGAUGGACGGCAUCGGGACGGAUGAGGAUACGCUGAUCGAAGUGCUUGCGCCGCAAACGAACGAGGAGGUAAAGAAGAUCGUCGAUUGCUACGAGGAUAUGUAUGGUCGCCCUCUGGCGGAGCAUUUGUGCAGUGAAACGUCCGGAAGCUUCCGGCGCCUACUGACGAUGAUCAUCGUUGGGGCUCGCGAUCCGCAAGGAACCGUUGACGCGAACCUAGCCGUCGAGCAGGCGAACCAACUGUACAAUGCGGGAGAAGGCAAGCUCGGUACAGACGAGGAGGUGUUCUACAAACUCCUGGCGCACUGUAGCUUCGAUCAGCUGGAGAUCGUGUUUGACGAGUACAAGAAACUUUCCGGUCAAACGAUUGAACAAGCGAUGAAACACGAAUUGAGCGGUGAGCUGUAUGAAGCGCUCAGUGCCAUCGUAGAGUGCGUCCAGAUGGCACCACAUUUCUUCGCCAAACGACUCCACAAGGCUAUGGAUGGCAUGGGCACGGACGACGCAAAGCUGAUCCGUAUCAUCAUCUCGCGCUCGGAGAUCGAUCUUCAGAACGUCAAGGACGAGUACGAGCAGAUGUACAACAAAACGCUGCUGAGCGCAGUACGGAAUGAAUGCUCCGGAGAUUACAAGCGUGCCCUGUGCGCAUUGAUCGGUGGUGCCUAAUUUAUUCGUCAAAAAGAAAGUAUUUGAUAAGAAUUCCUUAUAUUCACACACAGUAUGAGAAGCCAAUGAUAUUAACUGACCCGUAAAACGCUGAUACGUUAGACAGAGCAUGAUUGCAUGAAAAAGAAAAAUACUUGCUAUCGGUCUGACAUGAAAACAAAAAUUUUCACGAGCGACGAUCGGAAGUGGCCUUUUAGCGAACGCGCAUUUGAUGUUCUAGCCUUCUUCAGUUUGCCUUGGGCUGCGUUUUAAACCAGUAUUUUAAUGCACAACGAUUGGAAAUAAAGCAUUUAAGUGAACGUAAAAGUGUG